ACUUGCAGUGUUGUUGCCUUGGCCUUGAGGCUGUGGUUGUGUGCGUAACAGCUGGCUGCUCAAAAAGAAAGUAUUUGUUAUGCUCUUGUGUACUCUCAUUUGUUAAGAGAGAACGUUAAUGUUUCGAGUGUUUUAUUAAUUGUUCUGUGUGACAGUGUAAACAGGGGUGGCCACAGGCGGCGCGAUGUCCAGCUCGUCAGGGAGACGCAGCAGGUGGAAGGUGGACACCCGCCUGCUGCCCAUCAAGGCCCACUACUUCUUCUUCAUGGCGGCGAUGGGGCCCGUGCUGCCGUUCCUGAACGUGUUCGGCAAGCAGCUGGGCGUGUCGGAGGUGGUGAUGGGCACCAUCACAGCCGUGCUGCCCAUCCUCUUCCUGCUCGCCAAGCCCGCCUUCGGCCUGCUGGUGGACCGCUUCCGGCGGCGUCGCAAGCUGCUGUUCAUGUGCCUGGUGGCGGCCACGGGCUGCUUCUACGUGCUGCUGGGCCUCGUGCCGCCGCCCGCCUCGCCGCGGCUGGCCGCCGUCACGUGCCGCGAGCUGCCCCCCUGCGACCAGCCCGGUGUCGCGGACUGCGACGGCUCCCGGGCGCUCGCCGCGCUGUGUGACUGGGAGUGCGCGGACAACUCCUCCGGCGCCGGCCUCGCCGCCGUGCUGGUCCGCAACGGCACCGCCGGCGGCGGGGGUUGGCAGGCCUGCGCGCCGCGGGACGGCUCCUCCUCCGCCCCCCCGCCGCCGCCGGGCUGCGACCUGACCUGCCGCCCCGCGGAGGGGCGGGACUGCCUGUACGGCUCUCCCGCCUUCUGGGGCUUCGUGCUGCUCAUGGCGCUGGGCACGAUAGGCUUCAACGUCUCCAACAGCGUCAGUGACGCCAUCUGCUUCGACAUGCUGGGCAGUGGUGAAGAGAUGAAGUACGGCCGGCAACGAGUGUUUGGAACCGUGGGUUUCGGCGUGACUGCUCUCCUAGCGGGCUAUGCCAUCGACUGGUGGUCAGCGGGAAGCGCCACGAAGGACUACACGCCGGCCUUCGUGCUCGUCUUCGUUUUCACUGCCGUGGAUUUAUGCUGCUGCAGUAAGCUGCAGCUUCCUCCAAUGCCUCAGUCUCAGAGCAUUUUGAAGGAUGUUGGGAAACUGUUGAAGCACAAACACAUCAUCGUCUUUAUUGCGUUUGCAACCCUGGCAGGGAUCAACGACAGUUUCAUCAUUUACUACCUUUUCUGGUUUUUGGAGGAUCUUGCCAUGGAAACAAACAGCAUGGCGAACGUUAAGCUACUGGAAGGACUUGUGAUAGCUGCAGAGACACUAGUGGGCGAAGUAAUCUUCUUUACGUUGUCAGGCAAGAUCCUGAAGAGGAUCGGGUACGGCUACUCGCUGACGCUGUGCUUCUUGUUCUACGCGGUGCGCCUGGGGCUGGUGGCGGUGAUCCCCGGGCCGUGGUGGCUGCUGCCCGUGGAGCUGUUCCUGCAGGGCCCCACCUACGCCAUGUGCUACACCACCAUCGUGGCGUACGCCAGCGCCGUCGCCCCGCCGGGGGCCUCCGCCACGGUGCAGGGCCUCGUCGCGGGCAUGGACGACGGCUUCGGCUACGCGGUGGGGAGCAUGAUGGGAGGGCUGCUGUACCGCUGGCUGGGCGGGAGAGCAGCCUUUGCCAUCGCCGCCGCCCUGUCGCUGCUGUGCAGCGUGGCCCACGGCGUGCUGUACGAGUGCAUGCUCAAGCACACCAUGGUCAAAGCAGGUGUCACGAGCGAGCAAGGAUACAAGUCCCCCGAGGCAGCUACAGCAAUGACGGUCACUGCAGCAAGAAGUAUGGCCGAAAACGAAAAGAGUGAAACGUGACACCCCGUGUGAAACUACAUGGACGUAAUGGGACGUGGGAAACCAAGACUGAAGCAAUUUUAUAGCUGGCAAACCAAUGCAAUUUACUUAAGACACAAUCAAUUCUAAGAUUCAUUCUUUUUUUGGUCCUUAAGUUUCUCUAAAGGAAAGUUCUAACCUAGAAAUGUAUGAUUAACUUCAACUUAAGUAACAUUUAUUUGUAUAUUAUUUCAGAACGUUAACUAUGGUGCAUUAAUUUUUCUUAGGUGUAGGCUAAUAUCCCAAGUGUUUCCUAGAUCUACUGGUUGACCUUUUUAUGUAGUUGCUUCAGUAGUAGAGUUUACUUAAGUAAGAAAAGUAAGUUGUACCAGCUUUUUAUCUUAAUGUGACAGUUAAGUAUCCACCACCGUGCCACAUCCUGAAUUCCCAACUUGCUAAAUAAGAUAUCUUCUCUACUUAUGUCAUAGAUUAUUUUAAAACUUAAAAGAUGCAUCUUAGAAUUGGAUAAAUUGCAUACACAUACCAAAAAUAUUUUCUCAACUUGUUCUUUUUAAAUCUCUGACUAUAAAGAUUAAAUAUAUUUUUAUAAGCUA